AUGUCGUUUGACGGGAACGGACUCCGCCGCUCAAACCGGCGCAAGAGUGGGUCGGGGUCAGAGUACACUAUGACUUCGCCGUCCAACCACGACGAACCUAUGGAGGACUUUGAGCAAGAAUCGCCCGAGAAGCCAGUCAUAGCCAUAUCGCAGCGUGGUCGAAAGCAUGCAAAGAUGAACUAUGCAGAAAGUGGGGGCGAAGAGCCUGAUGACUUUAUUGGGAGCGGCGCUCAUUCCGACGAAAGCGAACCUAUCGGGCCGCGUACCAAACGACGAAACGGAAAUCUCGAUGCAUUUGUUACUGAAGAUGAGGAAGAAGAACAGGGACUGUUUGACGGCAACGAAUACGGUCGACGAGUUCUCCGUUCCCGCAGGACGAAGCAGCAGCAGCCUAAGCCACAGACUCGCUCUAACACUUACACUGGCGCGGCCAAACGAAAUGGCCCUUCUGAGCGUGAAAAGAGGCUUCAGCGGCGGCAGCGGCAGCAAGCACAGGACAACUACUCCCCUGGAAACCAGACUUCAGACACCCAUCCCGAUUCCGACAUUGAUGCUGAAGGAGAGGUUGAUGACAACAUUGGGGAGCUAAUAGAGGAUCAAGAGCAAAUGGAAGAGCGCUCCCGUCGAAGAGCGCGAGAGCAGGCAGAAGACGAAGAAGAUGAUGGAAAGCCAUAUUCGUUACGCCAGCGACAGAGGAUCAACUAUGCUAUCCCGCCACCACUAGAAGAAAUGCCUCGCCCACCACCAUCCAGGCCUCCACCGCAUCGCAAAAAAACGAGGCCAGGGCCCGGUUGGAGUGCGAAUGGAACAGAACUGGGGAGAUGGAUGGGAAUGGGUGGUCCUGACGAUUCUGACUCGGAUAACCCAGGGGCUGGUGUUCCUCGUACACCGAGAAAGCCUGUCGCAAUGGGUUUUUCGUCGACGCCGGGAAACAUGGGCAAUCUUGGUCUGGGGAAAGUGGGGGAUGCUGCGCUGGCUGACGCGGAUCCAUUGGGUGUGAACCAAAAUGUUACAUUUGACGAAGUCGGUGGCUUAGAUGAACACAUUCAUGCCCUCAAGGAAAUGACCCUACUUCCCCUCCUUUAUCCCGAAGUCUUCCAACAAUUCAAGGUUACACCCCCGCGCGGAGUUCUUUUCCAUGGACCUCCUGGUACUGGCAAAACCCUCCUUGCACGGGCGCUUGCAGCGUCGUGUCGUACCAACGGGCGCCAAAUCACGUUCUUCAUGCGAAAAGGAGCGGACAUUCUUUCGAAAUGGGUUGGCGAAGCCGAACGACAGCUUCGUUUGCUCUUUGAAGAAGCCCGCGCCCAUCAACCCAGUAUCAUCUUUUUCGACGAAAUCGACGGUCUUGCGCCAGUCCGUUCUUCCAAACAAGACCAGAUCCAUGCAUCUAUUGUUGCUACGUUACUUGCGCUUAUGGACGGUAUGGACGGACGAGGCUCAGUUGUAGUCAUUGGUGCUACAAACAGACCGGAUGCGAUCGAUCCUGCACUGAGACGACCUGGGCGAUUUGACCGAGAAUUUUACUUUGCGCUGCCUGGUGCCGAGGCUCGUGAGAAGAUCUUGAAUAUCAUGACAAAGGGUUGGAAGGGCUGGGAUUCCGAAGAAGGGCGGGAGCGACUCAAAGGGCUUGCCUCAAUGACCAAGGGUUAUGGUGGAGCUGAUUUAAGAGCUCUCUGUACUGAAGCAGCAUUAAAUGCCGUGCAACGACGCUACCCUCAAAUAUACAAAACUUCAGAACGCCUUCUGCUCAAGCCGGACACAAUCGAAGUUGGUUUGCGCGACUUCAUGAUCUCCAUUAAGAAGUUGGUUCCUUCGGCCGCACGGUCUUCCUCAUCAGUUGCGACUCCUCUUCCGCAGCAGCUUGUACCAUUACUAGGCGACCCACUGGAACGCGUGAAAAGCGCGAUCGCAAUGGUAUUGCCUGUCGACAAGAAGCUUAGCGCCUUAGAAGAGGCCGAAUUCGAAGACGUGGGUGGCGAAGCCGGUGCUUUGGAAAGGGAAAUGACUAUGCAAUCGAUGGCUUCUUUACGUCUAUAUCGUCCUCGAGUUGUUCUUUAUGGUGCUAUGGGAAUGGGUCAGACAUUUGUUGGAGCAGCAGCAUUACAUCAUCUGGAAGGUUAUCAUGUGCAAAGCUUGGAACUUGGCGCGCUGCUAAGUGAUUCGACUCGGACUCCUGAAGCCGCAAUAGUGCAACUUUUCGUUGAAGCCAAACGACAUGCUCCAGCUGUCAUUUACAUUCCUGCUCUCCUUGGCUGGUGUGCCGCUGUCUCCGAAACUUCUCGUGCAACUGUCCGAGCAAUGCUUGACACACUUGCUCCAUCCGACCCUGUUCUCCUUCUCGCAGUUGUCGACGGCGCAUUUGGAGAGCUUCCCAAAGAUGUUAGGGGGUGGUUUGGUGUUGGAAAGAGUGGCCGUGUCCAACUCGACGCCCCGAAUUCACAAUCUCGUCACCAAUUCUUCUCGUCCUUAAUCAAAGACCUGCGCCGACCACCAAAUGAAUAUGCUGAUGGGAUGCCGCGAAGAAAACGGGUACUGGAAGUGUUGGAGAUCGCUCCGCCGAUUGAACCAAGAAAACCAUCGGCUGCAGAACUCGCCGUGCAAGAGGAAAAUGAUCAGCGAGUGCUGGCGCUGUUAAAAUAUCGACUCGAGCCAAUCUUGACUGCACUCAAAAGGAAGUUCAAGCGGUUCACCAAGCGGGCCACAGAGGAGUACAGCUUCGAAACCGUGCUAAUGGAGGAUGUUCAACAACAAAACGACUCCUUGGAAGUCGUCACGACCUCUCCGGUCGUCCGGACGGCGACAACCCAGCACAUCGAUGUUGUCGGUGAUGCACAGCCACUUGUCAAUGGUCACGUGAACGGAAUUGUGCCAGAGCUCGAACAACCUCAACUCCCUCCACCCCCACCCCCUGCGCCAGAGCAACAAACUCUCUACGACAUUGACCUGGAAAGAAUGCACACUUAUCUGUACAAAGGCCGGUAUCUGACGCCUGACGACUUCCUCGAAGAUGUUCGCAAAAUGGUGCAUAAUGCGGCAACACGUCAGGCAGAAGACAUCGAGCGGCUGUAUAAGGCGCAAGCGAUGCUGACGGCGACGGAGGUCAGCAUGCACGAGUUUGACCCUCAAUUGCGGCUUGAGUGGGAGGCCAUCAAGGCGGCUAAAGAUGCGAACAAGGGGAAGGAGAAGGAGAGUGGUAAUGCGAGUGGGUCGGAUGCGCCUGCUGGAACGAGAAGAAGCGCGCGAAAUAACGGUCUUCAGCCUGAGUUGACGAUUACGGACCCGGUUCAGUUGGAGCGAAGGCUGAAGAGACAGCGUUCUGACGGAGCGGGGACAGAUUCGCAUGGUGGCUCAGCAGACGAGGGGGCUGGUGGACCUCGAGGCUUAAAGCGGUCAAGAACGGGGACUGUCAAUCCUGACGAAUCAGACGACCCUUUGGAUACUUUGCCGACUGUCCCGACGGUUCAUUUUGAGCUACAGCAAGGAUCAGAGCAAAUGGCACAGGACCCAUUCAUCACACAAACCCGGUUUUCACCCCCGCCUGUUGCUUCAACAUCUUCCAUGUCGAUACAAUCUCUACUUAUUCCAAUGCCCGACAGCGAUCCUGUUGCUCCUUCUUCGCCUUCUCCCCGCCCCAAAUCGCUUGAACCCGAGCCGCAACCAGAACAGCCGCCCGUGAUCGUCUCUGAGCCUACGCUAAUAAUUGAAGUUGAGCGGACCCCAACUCCGCCGCCGCCCCUGCCGGACUUUGUCAUCGACGAUAUGCUCGUUUCUGAGCUCGAAGCUGCCUUGUCGGACUCGACCGCGGGUAUGUCAAUCGAACAACUUGAGCAGUUACGGGCGACAUGUGUGGGCAAGGUGUGGCACCACCGGACGGAAUGGGAUCGCACGCCGGCAGCGAGAGAGUUGCUGCAGUAUGUGUCGGAGUUCGUGAGAGACGUGAAGGAAGACGAGAUGGACUUUGAAUAG